AUGCCCAGAAAGAAACCCGUCAAGCCCAAGGCAACAACAAGGACCUCCUUCAAGUAUCCGUGUCUCCAUAAAGAUGUAUCGAAAGCUGUGUCUGACGAUCUUUCCUCAACGUGGUUCAACAACAAGGGCACCAAGGAAAGCUCCAUCAAUGAGUACUUGACCAAGGUGAAGGGCAGAUUCGAAAGCAUCAAUCCGAAUUGUUCCAACACCGCCUGGACGAGCAAGACGGUAGCAAUCGUGAUCAGGGGGUAUCGCAAGAAUGGUUAUGACGCUGUUGUAUUCAACCAGCGCUGCAUAUCCUGCAAGGAGCUCGGCGUCUUUACUCUUGAUAAGCAAUCCUACGUUGAACGAAUCGCAUACCGGCUUAAGAGGUGGGCAGGCGUAGAGACGGAUCAGCCGGUCUACGCUGGAAAAGACGGUCCCCCACACCAGGUCGAUCUCUGUGAGGGUUGCAAACGGGGUUACUGUCAGAAGGGAAACCGUUUCGAGUUUGGAACUUGA